CGCCAGCAGCGCGCAAGCAUCUUCCGCGUCGCCGCGCCGCUCGGCCUCGGCUUUCUUUUCCUGCUGCCGCUCUUGUCUUGGCGGGACUAUGUCGUCCUCGUCGUCCACUCCCAAGGCGGAGAGGAAACAGUGGAGCUUGGGGCGCCUGGCCGUCGGGGCCAGGAAAGGCAGCAUGAGGCCGGCCUCCCUGGAGCUAGACGAGAGCGCCCCCAACGCGCGUUAUGCGCCGUUCUCCUUGGCAGCGCCUGGAGGACCCCAGGGGGGCGGCAGCGCGCCUCAGCCGCGGCACGGCUGCCCCGAGGCGGGAGCGCCGGUGGUGGUGAACGCCGACUACCCGCGCCCCCCGGUCAGUCUGGACCCGCGCGUCUCCAUCUACAGCGUCCGCAGACCCCUGCUGAGCCGCAGCAACAUCCAGGGCCGAGUUUACAACUUCUUGGAGCGACCCACCGGCUGGAAGUGCUUCGUCUACCACUUCACGGUUUUCCUCAUAGUGCUGGUCUGCCUUAUAUUCAGUGUGCUUUCCACGAUUGAUCAAUAUUCAACACUGGCCACGGGGACAUUAUUUUGGAUGGAAAUUGUAUUAGUGGCAUUUUUUGGAACAGAGUAUGUGGUUCGAUUGUGGUCUGCAGGAUGCCGCAGUAAAUAUGUUGGCUUUUGGGGAAGGCUUCGUUUUGCUAGGAAGCCCAUUUCUAUAAUUGAUUUAAUUGUAGUUGUUGCUUCAAUGAUAGUGCUUUGUGUGGGUUCUAAACAAGUUUUUGCAACCUCUGCAAUCAGAGGCAUUCGGUUUCUGCAGAUCCUGCGCAUGCUACAUGUAGACCGACAAGGUGGCACGUGGAGACUGUUGGGCUCAGUAGUUUUCAUACAUAGACAAGAAUUAAUAACCACCCUGUACAUUGGCUUUCUAGGCCUGAUUUUUUCUUCUUAUUUUGUGUACUUGGCUGAAAAAGAUGCUGUGAACAGUGAUGAUGAAAAUAAGUUUGUCAGCUAUGCAGAUGCCCUUUGGUGGGGAGUAGUAACUGUUACAACUAUUGGUUACGGAGACAUUGUGCCUCAGACGUGGAUAGGAAAAACUAUUGCAUCUUGCUUUUCUGUAUUUGCAAUUUCAUUUUUUGCCCUUCCUGCGGGAAUUCUCGGCUCUGGAUUUGCUCUGAAGGUACAACAGAAACAAAGACAGAAGCACUUCAAUCGACAAAUUCCAGCAGCUGCUUCUCUCAUCCAGACUGCCUGGAGGUGUUAUGCAUCAGAAAACCCAGACUCUUCUACAUGGAAAAUAUACAUAAGAAAACCUUCAAGGAAUUAUCACUUGAUGUCCCCUAGUCCUAAACCAAAGAAAACAGGGAUGGUAUCGGUGAAAAAGAAGAAGUUUAAGUCAGAAAAAGACAAUGGACUUAAUUCUUCUGACAGAAUGUUACCUGUUCCACAAAUCACAUAUGACCAUGUGACAGAUGAUAGGAACUCUGAAAACUUUCACCUGGAUGCAUAUGAAAAUUCUGUCCGGCAGCAUUCCUGGACGUCCUUUUCUGCAGACCAGCCAUCUUCCAGUUCUCCUCCUUCUCCAGUGAAAAAAAGCUCUCCAUUUUUAGAUGCAAACACUGGGCCAUUCAUUAGGACCAAUAGUUUUGCUGAUGAACUUGACCUGGAUGGCGAGACAUUGCUGACCCCAAUAACUCACAUCUCACACUUGCGAGAACAUCAUCGCGCUGCCAUUAAGGUGAUACGUCGGAUGCAGUAUUUUGUGGCAAAGAAGAAAUUUCAGCAAGCCAGAAAGCCUUACGAUGUACGCGAUGUCAUAGAACAGUAUUCUCAGGGUCAUCUCAACUUAAUGGUGCGAAUAAAAGAGCUUCAAAGAAGGUUGGACCAAUCUAUAGGGAAACCAUCUCUGUUUAUUUCUGUCUCAGAAAAAAGCAAAGAUCGGGGAAAUAAUACAAUUGGUGCCCGGCUGAACAGAGUGGAAGACAAGGUUGUCCAAAUGGACCAGAAGCUGAACCUCAUCACUGACCUGCUGCACCAUCUGGUUUCCAGCCAGGGAGGAAACCAAGGCAGCAACAGAUCAUCUCAAAGGAAUGACAUUAAUCCUAACCUCUUUCUCUCCAGCAACACUCUCCCUACCUAUGAGCAACUGACGGUUCCACGGAGCAUCCAAGAUGACGUAUCUUGAUGCAGCAGAGUUUUCUUCUUUUUAAAUGACACUGAACAUUGUGAAUCUUGAUGAGGUAGGAAAGGGACAAAUCAAAACUCAUAAUUAGCCAUAAAAUAAUUAAACUUGUCUGCUAAAUCAAUGUUACUAACCUCAAAUGUAUUCUUCCAAAGACAAUCAUUCAGACAACCAUGAAACCUUAAAGCCUGCACUGUGUCGUUUUUAAUGUGGUACAUGUGUUAGUUCUAUUUUUUAUUCUGGUGUGAAUUAAUCAUAGUAGUGCAAUCUGUCGUUACACUGAAAGACCAAAAACAAUAAGCAAUAAUAAUAAAACAGGCAGUCUACCCGGUAUUGCUGCUGCCAGCGAAGUUGUGGAAGUCUUGCACCAAGCCUCUGAAGUGGUUUGAUAACUCUGCAGCAGCUAUGCUUGGCGGAUUGCAUCCUGUGGUUCUUUAAUAAUAGCAAUACUUGAACAGAGACGGUAAUGUGUUCUUUCUGUUUAUGAUUCUGCUGAUAGUAAUAUAGUUUUACUAAUAAGAUUCUAAAGGAAAAUAAUGUAUGUUGACUGUAUUAUAUAAACUUACCACUGCCAUUCUAGAAAAUGGUAAAAGCACACAUUUGAUUGAUUUCUUUUCCUGUUUCUUUUUUAGCCUGUUACAUAAAUCUAAGAUAAUGCUGUUUUUUUUUAUUCUGUUUUUCUUCAGAGAAGAAUUAGUGCUUUAGAAUUAAAAUGAAAAACAAUAUAAAUUUUUGCAAGAUGUAAUGAUUUAAUAGAAGCAAUUAAAUAUUGCAAAGAUAAAGGGUAAUUCAUUUUUUAAAAACCAUACUACUGCCAAAGAAUGUAUAUAUAGUAUUUAUGGCAACCAUCUGAGCAUACUUGUCCUGAAGGAGCUUUGAAAGUUCAUUGCUUUUUAUACUGUUUGUAGGUUUAGUUUGUUUCUUAAUGUACUGUAAUAAGCACAGAUCUAGAAUGACUGGAUCUUGUGGGUCAAGGUCUUGACCCUGCAAGUGGUGUUAUGGGGAGCAGUUGCAGUAGCAUUGGACAUUGCAGUGCCCCAUAGCCAACUGCUUGGUCACCUCCACAUUUGGCUGGCACACUCCUUUAUAAUGUCUGAAAGGGAAGUUAUGAAGAAGCACUUCAGCCCUUUGGAUCUUAUCUGACUUUAUAAGUAACAGCACUUCUCUAUAGCACUCAAAGUUGUUCUGUACAUGAGGCCAGAAUUGGUAGCAGGAGUCACUCAUGCUUCUGCAAGUUCUGCUCUGCUAAUAUAAAAGUUAGCUAUUAUUCAGGAAAAUAUUCUGCAUGCAGGAUUAUAACAAGGGUGUUUGUGUACUCUCAUACAUCCCAUGGAGAGCAGAUUUUGGAAUUUGCCUGCUUCAGAAUCUCAUUUCUUGUUCAUUUUUUAAAGCAAGUUUCUGCCCACUCUAGGAAGAUAGUUUGGAAAUGUAUGAUCUGCCCAUGCAGUAGUUGUUGAUGCAACAGAUUGCUGACAGAGGACCCAUUCCCCCUGCUUAUUGCUACUGAAUGAAAGUAGUGCAUGGGUGUCCCCUUAUGAAUGGGUGUCACAAUAUGACAGUGGGGGGGCAUAGGGUUUGAUACUUCAGUGCUGGUAGAUACAUGGCUCCUGAGUGGUGAACACUCCUUGGCAUGAGCAAUGAUGGUCUCUUGAAUUGGGAAGAUCUGGGUUGAAAUCCUCACUUGGUUCAUGCAGCUCAGUUAUUUUGUCUCAGCUUAGUAACAACAACAACAACAACAACAACAUUCGAUUUAUAUACCGCCCUUCAGGACGAUUUAACACCCACUCAGAGCAGUUUACAAAGUAUUUCAUUAUUAUCCCCAUAACAACAAACACCCUGUGAGGUGUGUGGGGCUGAGAGAGCUCUUAGAAGCUGUGACUGACCCAAGGUGACCCAGCUGGCUUCAAGUGAAGGAGUGGGGAAUCAAACCCGGUUCUCCAGAUUAGAGUCCCGCGCUCUUAACCACUACACCAAAAUGGCUCUCACACCAAAAUGGCUCUGUUAGCCUAUGUUGUGAGGGAAAAUGGACCUCUCUGUAUAUAAUGUCCUGCAUUCCUUGGCGAAAUGAAUGUAUGGUGUCAGUGGCCCAUGUCAGGUGCUGCUGUCCCUUUUGCAACCAUGCAUCUGAAUGGUUCAGAAGUAACAGCCCCCCCCCAUGCCGCUGCCACUGCAUCAUGACAUCAGGCCUCUCAUUCAUCAUCAAGUGCUGAGUAAUCAAUCAGUGUGUAUGCAGCAAUCAAAGAAAACUGACAAAAGAAAGAGAUUUUCAACACAAUUUGAAGCAAGACCUAAAUGUUGUAUGAAGUGGCACUCAGUUCUACAGGAAUUAAAGGUUUCAGUUGAAUAGUCCACUAAUAAACUGCUGCUGUGCCUAUUCACACAUACAUGGUCAUCACUUGUGUACUACUACAUAAGGUAGUGGCUCACAUUGUCUGAAUUAGCCUUUCGAGAUAGGCUUUCUCUGGUGCUUCACAUCAGCUCAAACAGAAUGCUUUUCAGUGGUAGUCGUACACAAUUUCAGCUGUGCAUUCAGCUGCUGCAUGCACAUUACUCACGUAUAUG